ACAUAUGGACAAUAUCAGUAAAUCCUCAGAAAUGGCAGGUUGUUCCAGCAACAAGUGCAGCCGGAAACGUCGGAUGACAGAGGAAAUUAUGAAUGAACAUUUCUUACACGAGCAGAUUGGGAACAAGUGGAGAGACCUGGCACGACAACUUAAGUUCACAGAGGCUGUCAUUGGCACGAUCGAGAGUGACAAGGGCGCUUCUACUAACGAAUGCUGCAUUGCGGUCAUCGUAAGGUGGAUUAAUCAGAAGGGAGAGGAUGCUACUGUCGGAAAGUUUGCUGAAGCUUUAAAAAAGAUAGGACUCAGGAACGUAGCUGAAAAACUUCCGUGUUUCUUGUCAUCGGAAGAGGACGACGAAUUAGGAAGAAACGACUCAAAUCAAAUGGAGAGUACAAUAGAGAAAAACUGGAACCAUUUGAAAAAAGAGCGUCAACAAUUGCAAGUGAGAAAGCAGGAGCUCGAAAAUGAAAAGAAGGAUAUAACAAAACAGCUUGAAGACAGUUUAGAAGAGAGCCAGAAAUUACGCACAAGAAUUCAAGAACUGGAGGAGGAACUGUCUAGAGUAAAACAACAGCUUCACGAAACUUCCCAAGAGAGUCAAGAGUGGAAGACCAGAACUUUAAAACUGGAAAAGGAGUUGGCUGGAAUAAGAGAAGACAAGUCAGAACUGGACUUGGCCGAGAACUUCGAUAAUUCGGCCCGAGAGGAUGAUUCUGAAGAUACCAGAAAUUCUCUCGCACCAGGUCGAGGAGAUACAGAGGGUGAAAUCGACGCAAAGCUGAAAGACCUAAAUGAGCUCCUUCGUGCAAAUGUAACAUCUAUACUGCAAGUGCCAGAAGUAAAGGAAGACAAACUGAAAGUUUCUGUCCAGCUCGACCUUUUAUCGAGACUCAGUUUUAGUCUACAGGAGUUAUACACCUCAGUCCUCUCCAUGGGGGCUGAGUGUUGUAAAUGCAGUGAGGAGGUGAAACGAGAGUUUUACGACUUCGCGUAUCACGGUCUCAGAGCAGAACACAACGAUGUGGUGCAUCGAGUUGAGGAUUUGGAAAUGGCACAAGGAAAAAUGACCGCCGAAGAAAAAAAGGAUUUUGGUAAACUCCAACAACUUCAGACCAAUCGACAGAGACAGGUUGAUAGGCUGGAAAAGCUGUGGAGAGGUCUAUUCUCACCGCCUGAAAGUCGUCCCGAAUGUACACACUCUGACCCUUGUGGAGCGACUGGAAAGACUUGUCACUAUAAAAAGGACUUGAGACGACAAUGUACAGACCCUGGCGCCAAACCCAAGCAGAUCAGGCCAGGUGAACAGAAGACCAGCCCAGAAACAACAACAACACCGAGCGAGGAUGAAAAAUACGAAGUGUGUUUAAAAAAGUCCAAAAAGACCACGAUAAAGAAUAUUUUCAAGAUAAAAGAAAGCGAAGAAAAGACGUGUUACCUAAUGUCCUAUUCACAAAGAAAGCACAGGGAUUCUUGACUGCCUUAGGGAAGAUAGCAAGAUCUCGCACAACACUAGGUGACUAGUUGACGUAAAUCUAGCCAACGCACAUAGUCAACAGAGAUUUAACUAAAGACACAAUCAACGAAAAUAUAACGAAUGUACAAAGUCAACAAAGAUCUAGCAAGACACAAAGUCGGCGAAGACUUAGCAAACGUACGAAGUCACAUUAGAGCGGUUAACCCUUUACACCCUAACAUCAGUGUGCAUAUUCUCCAUACUGUUCUCAAUACAUUUCCAGAAGCUUUAUAAGUUGGUGAUUAUUUUCUUGAUUUUCGUGAACUUUCAUGUUUUCUUCAAGGUGACAUUGUAAGGAGAAAUUAGAUGCUGGUCACACUUAAGGAGUUUAAGGGUUAACUGGUUAAUAGUACUUAGUUUCGAAGGAAGUCGAGAUCCCUCAGUAAAUGACAUUGUAACCAAAGCGAAUAUGAAAUUGACAAUGGCAAGAUCCCUGUCGGGAAAGAAAUAGGUGAUACUUAACUUGAUUAUUUUGUGAUUAAAUAUUAAUUAGAAAUUGACAUUUGUAACGCAAAGAAGUUAAAUUUCGUGACAUUAGAUUUCACAACAAUGUAGACAAAGUCCUCGUACAUUUACGACAUAAAAUGAUGUAACUGCAUGCAUUUUCUUAGGCGAAAGAACGAGCGAUUUUGUAAUAGUCACUUAAUUUUGAUACAUUACAAUGGGAACUUUUACAGUACAUGUGACGAAUGUAAAAAUACCGCCUUACGCAAGGAUAAUAGAAAUACCUAGAAUGUGUUGGUCGGUCGUUGGUCGUUGAUAGUUUUGUUACGACCGUUGAAUACGUGAAAAUUGUAUAUUAAAUCAUGUUACAUAGAAAGAUACAGUCCUCUUGAUUUGGUUGAACCAGCGAGCGGGGUUAUAAGGAUUCCGCAACAAUACCAUUAAUUAAAACCCAGCACUAUAAAGAAUCAGUCAUCAUCAAGGAAGGCAUCGCUAAGUAAGUACAGCUGUGCAACAUGUAAUUUAAGACGUUGCAAGCAUUUGGAACUAUAUGGCAAGUAGAAUGCAAAACCUUGUGUUCUUCAGAAAGUGGGUGGAGGUCUGGGGCAGAAUUUUAUUUUCUCUUAAGCAGUGCAAGUUAGCUGCAAUUUCAGCGCGAUCUGAGAGUUAUUUGCCGUCAUGAUAUCGCAGGACUAAAUUUCACCAAGAUUUUCUAAUUCAAAUGUGACAAUUAAAAAUCAAAAGGCCCUCCUUUGUCACACAGGAUUGCAGUUAACUCUAUCAACAAUAGCUAAAAGCCAUGGUGAUAGAAACACACAAGCAUGAGGGAGGAAAAGCACCAUCUUUAUCAAUUAUCAAAGCACUAUGAUUUCUCAUUUGCAGCUUACCCAAGAAAAUCAUAGACCCCAAAACUAAUGAUUGAAACGAAGAUUUCCCAUUAAUAUCCAUACACGAGCAUCAAUUUUUUUCUUUUGUACGCGCGAGGGGGAAGCAAGCGCUUAAUUUACGAAUGAACAGGAGGGGUUUGGCCCUGGAGAAAUAUCCGCUAUCUUAAGACGCAAAGAACACAAAAAUCACCAUCCCGCUGAAUUAAACCUCAGCAAAAUUUUUAAGAAACAUGGUUGUUUCUGUUGAUAAGAACACAUUACUUCAAGUGGCUAUCAAAUCUUUUCAUUACAAAAUGAGUUUUCUAUUAUAAAAUAAAUAACUACAGAAACAUUGCACUGGGUGUCGGUCCUUAUAUGGUCAAGACAUCAGCAGCUACUUCAUGGCUGUGUUGAGUCUGGAGAUCACUCAGCUUUUUCUUGAGCACAGACAGCCCACUCAACACGAUAGUCUCAGGUCUUAAUGAGCCACAGGACUACAAAAUACAGAACAGCAACAUGAGACUUGUUCUAGAUUUAAAAUAAAAAAGUUUCCAAAUGCUUGAUACAGCUUAGCAUCUUACGAAUUGUUUACACUUGACAUAAAUGUAAACUAUCUAAAUGAUACCUUACAAAUGCAAAGAUCUUGCCUGCUAUGGCUAUUUUUUCUUGCUGGUAUUUAGUUUUAU